AUGGCCAAUGCAACGUUGGUUGAAGAGUUCAUUCUUGUGGGAUUUCCACAAUUACGUGAGCUGACAAUGCUGUUUUGUAUCAUAGUUCUACUGAUGUACCUUCUAGCACUUCUAGGGCAUACUUUAAUUAUCUUUGUUGUUAUCAUGGAACCCAUGCUCCAUACACCAAUGUAUUUCUUUCUCCUCAACUUCUCCCUUGCUGAGAUCUGUUCCACAUCAGCUGAAGUCCCCAAAAUGUUGACCAAUAUCAUCGUGGGUAAAAAUACCAUCUGUUUUUUUUGCUGCAUGGUACAAUUUUUUACAGUCUUUGUCAUGGGAGGGGUUGAAUUCCUCAUGCUCUCCAUCAUGUCCUUUGAUCGCUACAUGGCCAUUUGUAAGCCUUUACUGUAUAAAACGAUCAUGACCAAUCAAUUCAUCCUUCAGUUAGCUUUGGUGGCUUGGAUCAGUGGGUUCCUGAUCAUCUUUUCUCAAACAGUAGUGAUAUGGUCAUUUCCUUAUUGUAGGGAUAAUAUCAUUGACCACUUCUUUUGUGAUGUUGGACCUGUUCUGAAAUUGGCCUGUGCUGAUACAACUCUGAUAGAGCUAAUUGGUCUCGUCUACGGUGCCACUUUCAUGUGGGGGUCCCUUGGUCUUUCCCUGAUAUCAUACAUGCACAUUGUAGCUGCUAUAAUUCGGAUUUCCUCUGCCACUGGAUGCUCCAAAGCCUUUUUCACCUGUGCAUCACACCUCACCGUUCUAAUCAUCUUCUACACAGCAGACAUGAUUAUGUACUUGCGUCCUUCUACACAUGGUGAUCCUCAACUCAAUAAAGUCAUAUCUCUUGUGCGCACAAGCUUUGUACCCAUGUUAAAUCCUUUCAUUUACACAAUCCGUAACAGUGAAUUCAAGACAGCUCUUGACAAAACAGUGAGACGGAUGGUGGUUCUCUAG